AUGGUCAGGACCCGAGAGGGGCGGUGCCAGGUCGCGGGUCCUCAGUCAAGUGACGCCGAGCGGCUGGCCCGGGCGCCGACUGCGAUGGAGCAGAGAGGCUGGAGAGCGGAUCUGCCGGGGGUCAUUCGCAUCCUCUCUCUGCUGCUGGUGUUCCUGCCGCCGGGACCCGUGCACGGCUUGCGUAAUGUCUCCCAGAAGACGUUCACGAUCGACUACAACCGCAACUGCUUCCUCAAGGACGGCCGACCGUUCCGCUACAUCUCGGGCAGCAUCCACUACUUCCGAGUGCCCCGCUUCUACUGGAAGGACCGGCUGCUGAAGAUGAAGAUGGCUGGGCUGAACGCCAUCCAGAUAUACGUGCCCUGGAACUUUCACGAGCCCCAGCCAGGGCAGUACCAGUUUUCCGAGGACCACGAUGUGGAGCGCUUCAUUCAGCUGGCACAUGAGCUGGAGCUGCUCGUGAUCCUGCGGCCCGGGCCUUACAUCUGCGCGGAGUGGGAGAUGGGAGGACUGCCUGCGUGGCUGUUGGAGAAGGAAAGUAUGGUGCUCCGUUCUUCCGAUCUGGAUUACCUUGCAGCUGUGGACAAGUGGUUGGGGGUCCUCCUGCCCAAGAUGAAGCCUCUCCUCUAUCAGAAUGGAGGGCCGAUUAUAACAGUGCAGGUUGAAAACGAGUAUGGCAGCUACUUCAGCUGUGACUUCGACUACCUGCGCUUCCUGCAGAAGCGUUUCCGCUACCACCUGGGCAACGACGUGGUCCUGUUCACCACCGACGGCUCGAACGAGAAGCUAGUGCAGUGCGGGACGCUGCAGGGGCUGUACGCCACCGUGGACUUUGGACCAGGUGCCAACAUCACAGAUGCUUUCCUAAUCCAGAGGAAGUAUGAGCCCAAAGGACCCUUGGUCAAUUCUGAGUUCUAUACUGGCUGGUUAGACCAUUGGGGCCAACCUCACUCGACAGUCAAGACUGAAGCAGUAGUGUCCUCCCUCCAGGAUAUACUUGCCCGCGGAGCGAACGUGAACUUGUACAUGUUUAUCGGUGGGACCAACUUUGCCUAUUGGAAUGGGGCCAACAUGCCCUACCAAGCACAGCCCACCAGCUACGACUAUGACGCCCCCCUGAGCGAGGCGGGAGACCUCACCGAGAAGUAUUUUGCUGUGCGAGAUGUUAUUCGGAAGUUUGAAAAAGUACCAGAAGGUCCCAUCCCUCCGUCUACACCCAAGUUUGCAUAUGGAAAAGUUGCUCUGAAAAAGUUAAAGACAGUGGAGGAAUCGCUGAACAUUCUGUGUCCCAAGGGGCCUAUAAAAAGCGUUUAUCCCCUGACUUUUAUCCAGGUGAAACAGUAUUUCGGGUUUGUGCUGUACCGAACCACACUUCCCGAAGACUGCAGCAGCCCAACCCCCCUCUUCUCACCCUUCGGCGGCGUCCACGACCGGGCCUACGUCUCCGUGGAUGGGGUCCCCCAGGGAAUCCUUGACCGAAGCAAUGUGAUCUCUCUGAACAUAACGGGGAAAGCUGGAGCCACGCUGGACCUCCUGGUGGAAAAUAUGGGCCGUGUGAACUAUGGCCAUUUUAUCAAUGAUUAUAAGGGUCUGAUUUCCAACCUGACCCUCAACUCCAACAUCCUCACGGACUGGAUGAUGUUCCCGCUGGACACCGAGAACGCAGUGUGCCACCUGGGGGGCUGGCAUGGCAAUGACAAUGACAGACACUGCUCUAGGAAAGCCUGUGCCCGCAGCUCAUCGAACUAUACAGUCCCAGCCUUCUAUGUGGGAAACUUCUCCAUUCCCAGUGGGAUCCCGGACCUGCCCCAGGACACCUUCAUCCAGUUUCCUGGAUGGACCAAGGGUCAGGUGUGGAUUAAUGGCUUCAACCUCGGUCGCUACUGGCCAGCACGGGGCCCCCAGAUGACCUUGUUUGUGCCACAGCACAUCCUGGUGGCAUCAGGCCCAAACACCAUCGUAGUGCUAGAACUGGAACGCGCACCCUGCGGUGACAGCCCCCCAGAACUGUGUGCUGUGGAGUUCGUGGACAAGCCGGUUAUCAGUGCAGCUGUGACCUACAACCCUCUCUUUCAAGACCUGCCUGACCCAGACUCCUGACAAGAACAUGGUGCAAGCCUGUGUGAUUCUUUGCAGCGCCAGCCUGUCACAUACCUCCCAUGUCCCCUUGCACUGGCAACAUUCACUGGAGACUUUGGUCGGAAAAGAGAUUUAGCUUGUGCAUUUUCACCUGAGGCUUCCCUGCCACUUCACAGUGACUGACCCACCCCUGCGGAGCCAUGUGAGGGGUGGGGGUGGUAGCACAGGAGCACACGGGUGCAUCUGCAGAGCUGGAACGGAAGCUUUCGAGGUGUUUCUGAUUUUUAUUCUGGAAGAAUCAUGUUGUCUUUUUUAAAAAUAAAUUUUGCAUUCAUAAGGUUA